UCUAACCCUUAUGCAACGCAGCUCCCUUCUACACUUUUCUACUUCUACAUAGUUGCGUCGCCGGCAGGUCCUUCCAGAAUAAUUUCGGUACUAUAAUCAAAUAUAUCUUCAUCAAAUACUAACACCGCUGGUUUCUUUAGCCAUCGACUUCUAAACCCCGGCCCCUUGCUGGUUAAUCAAAUUGAACAUAUCGAAAUCGCCAAUCAUGGCUGCCCCUGGUGUUCAAUCGUUGAAGUGCGUCGUUACGGGUGACGGUGCUGUCGGAAAGACAUGUCUUCUCAUUUCAUACACAACGAAUGCCUUCCCCGGUGAAUAUAUACCCACGGUUUUCGACAACUACUCGGCAAGCGUGAUGGUUGAUGGCAAGCCUAUCAGCCUAGGACUAUGGGAUACUGCUGGUCAGGAAGAUUACGAUAGAUUGCGACCGCUCUCCUAUCCUCAAACCGAUGUUUUCUUAAUCUGCUUCUCCAUCGUGAGCCCGCCUUCGUUUGAUAACGUAAAGGCUAAGUGGUAUCCCGAAAUUGAUCACCACGCGCCAAACAUUCCCAUCAUCCUAGUUGGGACCAAGUUGGAUCUUCGAGAGGACCCCGCCACCCUAGAAAGCCUUCGAUCCAAGAGGAUGGAGCCCGUGUCAUACGACCAAGCCUUGGUUUGCGCAAAAGAGAUCCGUGCCCACAAGUAUCUUGAAUGUUCGGCCCUCACUCAGCGAAACUUGAAGAGCGUAUUUGACGAGGCUAUUCGUGCCGUCCUAAACCCUCGGCCCGCCCCUACAAAAGGUGGAGCAAAGAAGAGCAAGUGCACGAUUCUAUAAACGGCACGUAGCAGCAUACAUCAUUGCUUAUGACAUUUUGAGAUUUGGUCGAGCGAGCCAGAAGGUUUUUCGAAACGAUGAUGGCGUUUUUGGUGGACAUAUAGGAAAGACUACCAUCCU